UUGUUUUUACCGUUGGAAAUUUUUGUGUGGAGAAAGGUGGCUACUUUAUAGUAACUCCGCCCUAUUAAUCCCUCUCAAAAAAAUCACGAUGUCGCCGCCGCCACCGGCGGCAAUAGAGAGCACGAUCAUCGUCCACAACAUCGCAAAGCGUCACAACGUCGGAACCCUAGCCCGCAGCGCCACCGCCUUCGGUCGCGACUUUAACUCCUUCGGAAGCCAUGGCUCAACCUCCCACCUCCGAUUCCGCCAUUUCUCCUCCCUCUCCCUCGCUCGAUCCUACCUCAAGGAGGAGAAAGGGUUCGAUAUAUGUGGGGUUGAGAUCACGGAGGGAGCGGCGUCGGUGACGGAGCACCCCUUUCGGAGGAGCACGGCGUUUUUGCUUGGAAAUGAGGGGACAGGGUUGUCGGAGAAGGAGUACGAAAUGUGUGACUUCUUCGUGUACAUUCCUCAGUAUGGGGGCGGGACGGCAUCGCUGAACGUGACUGUGGCUGCGUCGAUUGUUCUGCAUCAUUUUGGAGUUUGGGCAGGAUUUGCUGAAAGAUGCCGGGAGGGUAACAAGUUCACUGUGGCAGAGAAGCCAGUGAAGCAAGUGAAGAGAAAUUACUGCGUUGAAUCGAUCGAAUCUGUCAUCGAGGAGAGGAAAAACAAAAGAGAAGCUGCUGGUGCCGAUAUUCUUGAAGAGCCUAGAGCACCUGAUGGUUCACAGGCUGCGAACUUUCUAGGAGCAUUGUUCGAAUGUUGAAGUAUCAGUAUUUACUUAUUUUAGGAUCACAGGAGAACAUCAGCUUUAUAAGUUCAUCUCCACUCCUCUCGUUUGGUUCUAUUCUUUAUAUCACACAAUUUGGAAUGUUUUAUAAUACAAGAAGUAUCGAUGUUUAUGUUUUAUUGAAGCUUUGUAAAAGUUACGCGCGGGGUUAUGGACUGUAGAAAAGCUGGCUUCCAAUUUUGGAAAAGAAUUUCAUGUUUUA